AGAGAGUGACGUACUGUUUCAAGAUGGCGUCGCAGUACUACCAGGAGAUGCAGGAGAGUUUCAAAAACAACAGCAAAAGUCGCGAAUUCCCCGCUCAUUCCGCGAAAGUCCACUCGGUGGCGUGGAGCUGCGACGGCCGGAGACUCGCGUCUGGAUCUUUCGACAAAACCGCGAGUGUCUUCAUCCUGGAAAAAGACCGACUGGUGAAGGAAAACAACUACAGAGGUCACGGCGACAGCGUGGAUCAGCUGUGCUGGCACCCGACCAACCCGGACCUGUUCGUCACAGCCUCGGGAGACAAGACCAUCCGCAUAUGGGACGUCCGCACGACCAAAUGCAUGGCCACGGUCAAUACGAAAGGAGAAAACAUCAACAUCUGCUGGAGCCCCGACGGCCAGACGAUCGCCGUGGGCAACAAGGACGACGUGGUGACCUUCAUCGACGCCAAGACCCACCGCUCCAGGGCCGAGGAGCAGUUCAAGUUCGAGGUGAACGAGAUCUCGUGGAGCAACGACAACGACAUGUUCUUCCUCACCAACGGAAACGGGUGCAUCAACAUUCUGAGUUAUCCUGAGCUGAAGCCGAUCCAGUCCAUCAACGCUCACCCGUCAAACUGCAUCUGCAUCAAGUUCGACCCCACGGGCAAAUACUUUGCCACAGGAAGUGCCGACGCUCUGGUCAGCCUGUGGGACGUGGACGAGCUGGUGUGUGUGCGCUGCUUCUCCAGGUUAGAUUGGCCCGUCAGGACUCUGAGCUUCAGCCAUGACGGUAAGAUGUUGGCCUCGGCCUCCGAGGAUCACUUCAUCGACAUCGCAGAGGUGGAAACAGGAGAGAAGCUGUGGGAGGUCCAGUGCGACUCGCCCACCUUCACCGUCGCCUGGCACCCGAAGCGGCCGCUGCUCGCCUACGCCUGCGACGACAAAGACGGGAAGUACGACAACAACCGCGAGGCGGGAACCGUCAAACUGUUCGGCCUCCCCAACGACUCGUGAGACGCCCGCAGAGACGUCCUCGCUCUCUUUGUCCCGGUAAAACUCACAAGCUGCAGUUUCACUCACACGUGAAAGCAAACUCCCUGUUCCGUAAUGUGUAUAUAUAUGUUUUUGUAAAAUAAGCACCAGUUUUUUUUUUAUAUUAAAAUCUGUCUCUUUGUAA